AUAUAAGAAAGUAUAUCACCAUAUUCCAAGCACCACCAAUUGGGGGUCUUAGACUUCUCAUUUGGCUUAUAAAAACAUCUCCUUCCUGACUUUAAUGUGAGGCAAAUACUUCACCAAACUUCACCAGAGAGAGAAACCCUAGCAAGCAAGCUAAGAUAGAUGGGAAGGGGAAAGAUAGUAAUCCGAAGGAUCGAUAACUCAUCAAGCAGGCAAGUCACUUUCUCUAAGAGAAGAAAUGGAUUGUUGAAGAAAGCUAAGGAAUUAGCCAUCCUCUGUGAUGCACAAGUUGGAUUAGUCAUUUUCUCCAGCACUGAAAAGCUCUAUGAAUUCUCUAAUACUAGUAUGAAGUUAAUUAUUGAACGAUACAAUAAAACGAAAGAUGAACAUCAGCAAUUGCUCAACCCAGUAUCAGAACUGAAGAAAGAGGCAGCAAUUUUGCGGCAACAAUUACAGGAACUGCAACAAAUUAAUAGGCAAUUCAUGGGAGAACAGCUCUCUGGUUUGACUAUUAAGGACCUGCAAAAUCUGGAGGGUCAACUAGAAACAAGCUUAAGGGGAAUCCGUGUGAAAAAGGAGCAACUAUUACAUAAUGAGAUUCAAGAGCUGUCUUGGAAGGGGAGUCUAAGGCAUCAAGAAAAUUUGGACCUCUUCCAGAAGGCUUUUGGUACAAGGGAUGCAAAUGCAUUGAAUGGAAAUGCCAGUACACCUAAUUACUUUGGAAUUAGUAGGGAAGUGAAUGCCCCCAUCCAUCUGCAGUUAAGCCCGCCUGAGCCACACGAUUUUGAGAUACCUACAAGAGUAUCUAACUCAAGGUAAGGCCAAUGGGAAAAAUAAAGGUAAAUGACUGAAAAGUUUGAACUACUCAGCAGCAUAACAGAAAUCGCGAACAAUUUAAAAGCUAUAUGAUUGUUGGGUUGUUGUCAUGUAGUAACAAAGCGAGCUCAUAUUAUGAUGUGUAGUGCAUAUCUUACUCAUAAUGGAGUUAUACGUUAUCUAUGCUGCCAAUAUAUUUCGAGCAUUUGAUGUGCAUACUAAUAGAGCGCAAGUUCAUCA